GGCUGCGGGACAGACUUGUUUUCCAGCUAGCGCAUGCUUAACUGCCUCCAUUAGGGCUUGCACCAUGCCAUGGAAAAAAUAUUCCAGGAAUUUAAAUCGAGAAAAUUUGAUCGAGAAAAUCAAUAAUAUAGAAGAUGCAUGAUCAAAAAUUGAAAAUACAAAAUAUAUUUAAUAAAAGGAAACAGGUCACUAGAACUUUUGGAUGGGAAUUGAGUUAAAAGUGGAGGCGAGACUUUAAGCCAUCCACAUUCAAAGGUCAAGUACCCCUUGAACUGACUGACAACCUGAAUAACUUCAUAAAAUUGUCCAUCCAAAAUAAGAGAAAAGCAAAAAGAUUUCAUUAUUACACAGAAGAUGUAUUAAAAUUUUUGGUUAAUUUCGGUACCCAACAGCAAAAAAGUCUUCGAACUGAUCAGAAAAUGGAUUGCGAAAAGUUUGGCGUCACCAGCAAUGCUGGUGACCAUAGAAUUGAUCCAACAAGGGAUCCCAUAGACCUUAAAGCGGAAACCACUCUGGAGAUGGAGAUUGAGGAAGCUUUGUCCUCCAGUAGUGCCGAUGACACCCCACCAGGUAUGCUUGUGGUGGAGACACGCAUCAGCUCCUGGGAGAAGGGCCAGUCCUUGGAAAAGGAUGUCCCCACAGUGGAAGUGGAGAGCCCAGAGCUACCCGCCUGCUCCGUUUCCCUGGGACAAAAGCCAAAUAUCCGAUUCCAAAAGCUGCCUCACCCAAAUCAUCCGUUGGUCAGCACAGAGGCCGCUUUAGCCGCUGCCACCUGCUCUGCCUACGCCGCUACCCCAUCUAAGCCCACGGCCACGGAAUCCAUUGCCACAUUGAAACACUGCAUCGAUGGGACCACUCAGUGUAAUAACCUCGGCUACGAGUCUGUGUCUAACGAGUCGAUGCCCUCGGUGGGAUCGCUCGUCUGCCGCAUUUGUCACAACGCCGAUAAUCCCGAACAACUCGUGUCGCCGUGUUUGUGCAAGGGCUCGCUGACAUAUGUCCAUGUGCACUGCCUGGAGCGUUGGAUUAGCACUUCGCGCUGCACCACCUGCGAGCUGUGCCAGUUCCAGUACAACACGGAGCAGACGCUGCGGUACACCUGUCUGCAGUCGCUGCGUCUGUGGUACGCCCGGGCCAUGAGUCGCCGGGCGCUGCAAGAGGAUUGCCAGAUGUUCUCGCUGCUCACCCUUGUGGCCUUUGGAAUUGUUGGUACCCUACUGGUGGGCAUCCAAUACUAUGCCAUGCACACCCAUUCCUGGGGUCUGAGCAAGCUGUGGACCAAAUCUUGGAUGCUGUUCUUCCUGUUCAUGACGAUCACCGUUUACUUUGCCAACAUCUACAUGCUGAUCAAGUCCCAACUGACGCCUUGGUAUCGAUGGUGGCAGUCUGCCCGGGACAUUAAGCUAAUUCUGGAAAACCGACGUCCGUUUCCAAACCCGAGCCGCUUCUUGCAGCCAUUAGAGACGGCCUCGACGACAGCCUCCAUGUUCACCCACCACGAUCAGCAGGAAGCGCCCGUGCCCGGCCAUUCGCCGUCCAUACUGAUCAGCUCCAGCGAGGAAGAGGCAGAGGAUAAGUCGGCCCAAAAGUGGGGAAAGCGACUGGGCAGUGAGGUGCUUGCCGCAGUGGUAGAUGCUACCCUGGAAUCGAUUGCUGACGCAAGUGCCCGCGAGAGCGACAAACAGGCCGAGCAGCAACGUCAAACACAGCAGCAUCAGCAACAGCAACAUCAGCAGCCGGAAGGCGGAAACUGAAAGGGCAAUGACAAAUACUGGACUGGGUUUCUAGUGGAUGGGGAUGGGUUUUGGUGAUGAGGACAGCUAGGAGAGGUACAAGGUCUGGGCAAGUAAUUAAGGCUCAAGGGCAAGGAUUUCGCUGGGCUUUUGUUGUUUGCGUGUCAUUUGUUUAAUGUAGUUUCAAUGCUUUUAAUGAACUUUUUCGAUGAGAGCUCGAAUUAAAUGGAUAUACUUGAGUCGUA